UGUAAAGAUGAUCGUAUAUCAAAAGUCGAAAUCUGAGUCAGUGUAUCAUAUGCCUGUUAAUUUGGCUAUUUUUUGUUGCUGUUAAUAUAUAUUCCUGUCAGUCCAGGAGAUUACAACACGUAAUGCUAAACUUUAAAAGUUGAAAGUUAACAGUUGUGUCACUUGAACGCUGGUAUCACAGAAUUCCGCUGGGUAAUAUUCGCCUUUAUCAAAGAUUCAAAUAGUUUUAGAUGCGCUUUGUGCGUAAAUGACGCGCAGUUUUGACACUUUAAAGAGCAUUUUACCUUCCGCGUCACAUGACAAUGAGGAAGAGACGUGUGUGCUGCGUUUAAAUGUCAUGGUAAAUCUGACAACUUUUUUAAAGAUCGUGACUAUGUGAUGAUUAUGUGUAUUGAAUUCCAAAUUAAGGACACAGCUACAGCAUGGGUCUCUUAUUUUCUGUACGACGUGUUGUCAGAUGCACUAAUUACUACAUAUAUUUUCUAGGUUCCCCCAGCAAUUCUUUUUUUUUUCAAACUUGGAACAUGUAUAGAUGGUUUUACCAUUGGCCCCAAACACAGCAUGACACAACAACGAAGAUGGCGUGUUGUGGAAAUUGUUUUUGUUGCCAGUGUUGCUGCAGAGAAGGAGAGACGCGGACACCCGAGGAACUGACAAUCCUUGGAGAAAUCCGAGAUGAAGAGGAUGAGAUUCUACCAAGGAAGGACUACGAGAGUUUGGAUUAUGACCGCUGCAUCAAUGAGCCCCAUGUGGAGUUCCUGGAGGGGAUAGACAAUAAGCUUGUGACAGAGAUUCUCAACCUCAACAGAAGUGCUCCGUGGAGAUGUGCUGAAGUCAGUUUUAUCUGCUUUGGUGCAAAUUAAAAAAGCCAAAAAGUAUGAAGCAAUACGGUGGAUGAUGAUGUUUGCUAUCGGAGUCACAGUAGGUCUGGUGGGCCUGUUUGUCGAUUUCUUUGUGCACCUCUUCACCAAAAUCAAAUUUACUGUAGUUGGUGAUUCUGUGGAGAAGUGCACUGAUAAAGGCUGUCUCCCUCUGUCUCUGCUGGAGCUCCUUGCAUUCAACAUGACCUUCAUCUUCAUUGCCAGUGUGCUCGUCCUCAUUGAGCCAGUAGCUGCAGGUUCGGGAAUCCCAGAAAUCAAAAGUUACCUGAAUGGAGUGAAAAUUCCUGGAAUUGUCCGGCUACGAACUUUUCUCUGCAAGGCCGCUGGAGUCCUGUUCAGUGUGGCCGGAGGUCUGUUUGUGGGGAAAGAAGGGCCGAUGAUACACAGUGGAGCCAUUGUGGGAGCUGGCCUUCCUCAGUUUGAGAGUAUCACUUUCAAGAGGAUCAAAUUUGACUUCCCCUACUUCCGCAGUGACAGGGACAAGCGAGACUUUGUGUCAGCGGGUGCUGCUGCAGGAGUAGCUGCUGCCUUUGGUGCUCCUAUAGGUGGCAUGCUUUUCAGUCUGGAGGAGGGCUCUUCUUUUUGGAACCAGGCCCUCACAUGGAAAGUGCUCUUCUGUUCCAUGUCAGCCACGUUCACCCUCAACUUCUUCCGUUCGGGGAUCAACUUCAGCAAGUGGGGCUCCUUCCAGCUGCCUGGUCUGCUCAACUUUGGGGAGUUCAAGUGUCCAGAUGGAGAUAAGAACUGCCACCUGUGGACAGCAAUGGACCUGGCCUUUUUUGUCCUGAUGGGGGUGGUGGGCGGCCUGCUUGGGGCGCUCUUCAACUGCAUGAACAGGAAGCUGGCCAAGUAUCGCAUCAGACACAUCCACCCCAAGGCCAAAUUUAUCAGAGUGUUGGAGAGUCUGCUGGUUUCUAUGGUGACAACAGUGGUGAUAUUUGCAGCUUCAGUCUUGUUGGGAGAAUGCCGUGACCUGUCCUCCCCUACCACCCAUAACACUACGCUGUCCGGGAGUGAGGACAUCAACUCGACCAUCCGCCGGUUCUUCUGCACCAACAAGACCUACAAUGAUAUGGCCACUUUGUUCUUUAACCCGCAGGAGGCUGCCAUCCAUCAGCUCUUCCACCAAGAUGGUACCUUCAGCCCUGUGACUCUGUCAGUGUUCUUCCUGCUGUACUUCCUGUUAGCCUGUUGGACGUAUGGUGUGUCUGUACCCAGCGGUCUCUUUGUCCCCUCUCUGCUCUGUGGGGCAGCUUUUGGACGCCUGGUUUCCAACAUCCUCAAAGUGAAACUGGGAAUGGACAUCUAUUCAGGGACCUUCGCUCUCAUCGGAGCCGCUGCCUUCCUUGGAGGCGUCGUCAGAAUGACCAUUAGUCUGACUGUCAUCCUCAUUGAAUCCACCAAUGAAAUCACAUAUGGGCUGCCUAUCAUGAUCACUUUAAUGGUUGCCAAAUGGACUGGAGAUUUCUUCAACAAGGGCAUCUACGACAUCCACAUCCAGCUGAGAGGAGUGCCCCUGCUGGAGUGGGAGACUGAGAUUGAGAUGGACAAGCUGACAGCCAGUGAUAUCAUGGAGCCCAACCUGACAUAUGUCUACCCCCACACCCGGGUCCAGUCUCUAGUUAGCAUCCUGCGCACCACUGUGUACCACGCCUUCCCUGUGGUCACUGAAAACAGACAGAACGAGCAGGACUUUAUGAAGGGAAACAUCCUGGUCAGCAACAACAUCCACUUCAAGAAAUCCAGUGUGAUGUCCCGUGCGGGUGAACAGAGGCGUCGCUGUCAGUCCAUGAAGUCGUACCCAUCGAGUGAGCUGAGGAAUGUCUGUGAUGAGCAGAACGCUGCAGUGGAGCCAGCAGAGGAGGGAGAGGACCUGCUGCAGCAGAUGUUAGAGAGGAGGUAUGCCCCCUACCCCAACCUGUACCCAGAUCAGUCUCCUAGUGAGGAGUGGACCAUGGAGGAGCGCUUCAGACCGCUAACCUUCCACGGUGUGAUCCUGCGCUCCCAGUUGGUCAACCUGCUCAUCAGAGGGGUCUGCUAUGCCGAGAACCAGUCGAGUGCCACUCAGCCCAGGCUGUCUUAUGCAGAGAUGACUGAAGAUUAUCCUCGUUAUCCUGACAUCCAUGACUUGGACCUCGCCCUCCUCAACCCCCGCAUGAUAGUGGAUGUCACCCCCUACAUGAACUCGUGUCCCUACACAGUAUCACCCAACACCCGCAUCUCCCAGGUGUUCAACUUGUUCAGGACUAUGGGCCUGCGACACUUACCAGUGGUCAAUGCUGUCGGGGAAAUUGUUGGAAUUAUUACAAGACAUAAUCUAACCCAGGAGUUCCUUGUGGCCAAACUUCGACAGCACUACAUCACUAUUUGAUCCGACCUGGUCCUGAACCUUUGUCUCCAUCCAUUCCGAUUAGCUUGUAGGCUUUUCCAAAGACAUACAGGAUAUUCACAACCAUGCACACAUUUCCUGAGGUCCAGUAGGAACAGUAAGUGAAACCAUGUAGUUUCUAAACUUAGUGUUGAUUAUUUGUCAGCCUUCUGCCAACCUCAGAUCCACUGGGCUGGACAUAUACUGUAGGUGUAAGGGCCUUUAUUUACGUGAUUUCUUCCGAAAUGUUCCCAAAGAGAAGAGAACAUUAGUGGCCACCCAGAGAAAAAAGUUUCCAUCAGCUUUUGAAGAACACGUAAAUCAUGGCAGUCUUCACUUCCAAUGAUUUGUACAGCUCUCACUUUUCUGUGAGGGAAUGAGUGGAACACAUACUACUUUCUCUCAAAGAACAUUCAUGAACUUUGGUUGAAUAAUUAAUUUAUCAUAGGUUAAAAUGUGACCAAAUCUGCUGGUUCAAAAAUAUACAUAUAGUAAUUCUAUUAUUGGGUUAAGUGUCUCUUGGCCAUUGUCACCUUAAUUAGGUGGUUAUGAUACCCUUCCACAAACUUCUGGUAGUCCUCUGGCUGAAUUUCUAACCACUCUUAACAGAAUUGGUGAAGUUCAACUAAAUUUGGUGAUUUUCUAGCACAGACCAUGUUCUCCAUGGGGUUCAAGUCAGGAAUUUGGGCUAUUCCAAAACCUCAAUUCUAGCCUGCUUUAUCCAUUCCUUUAACACUUUUGAUGUGUAUUUGGGAUCAUUGUCCUGUUGGAACAUCCAGCUGCACCUGAGAGCCAAUCUUCUGCUGAUGAUUUGAGGUUUCCUUAUGAGGAGAUAAUCCUCCCUCUUCAUUAUUCCAUUUCUUCUUUAGAGCAGUAAAACAGCCUCACAGCAUAAUAUUACCAGCACCAUGCUUGACAAUAGGUAUGGUAUAGGUUCUUGGAGUUAAAAGCCUCACCUCUCCUCCAAACAUAUUGAUGCUCAUUGUAGUCAAACAACUCAGUUUUAGUUUCAUGUGACCACAGAGUUUUCCUCCAGAAGAUUAUCACUUUGUCUCUGUGAUCAGCAGCAAACUUCAGUCCAGCUUUAAGGUGCUGGAUCUGGAUCAAGAGCUUCUUUCUUGCACAGCAGCCUCUCAGCCCAUGUUGAUGCAAAAUACACCUGACUGUGGACACUGAGAUCUGGCUUCCAGCAGCUUGUAAUUAAUUGCAGACUUGUUUUUGGGUGGUUUUUGGUUGACUGUUGACCAUCCUGACCAGUUUUCUCUCAGCAGCAGGUGAUAGUCUGUGUUUUCUUCCUGACACAACUGUGCUAUGCAUUUUAUACCAACAAACAGUUCAGAUCAAUCCUGAGUAACAAGCCCUGUUACAUGGGUCCAGAAAAGUCACCAGAAUCACUCAGAAGAGGCCAUGUUGCAAAGAAACUUUGAUUUAUACAGCCCCGUAUAAUCACCUAAUAAAUUUAGGUGAUUAUACGGUCACGUGUCACAGAAAAAUGAGAGUCCUAAUAAUCAUUUCAAAUCAAGACUGCCAUAAUAUACAUGUUCUUUACAUUUAAAAACAUCACACCCUGAUAGCUAUAAGGAGGCUGAACAUGCAGAGUUUUCAUGCACAGGCUGCAUCAUUAUUAGUUAUUACCGCAGGUGAUGAAGUGGUGGAGGCUAUGCUUUACUCUGUCUUUCUGUCUUUGUAAAUCCCCAAAUAUUGUCAUCACAAUUUCAUUUUAAGCCCAGACACUAGCGGUGAACAGGGUCCUUUUUUAACAGAUUAACUAACAGAUGUCACCAUGAAAACAACAUUUUUUAAUUUGAUUUAAUUUAAUUUUGAUCUGCAUAGAAAACACUUUAAAAACACUUUAAAAAGUCAUAGAUGUCCCCCGAGGAUCCAUAAUGACGUCUGAUCAUUCAUGAACACUUGCUGUGCAUCAUGACUGUGAGGAAAAUGACUGAGUUUUUUUGUUUAUUGGGGAAAGAUAGCAUUGCUUUCAGCAGCACAAUCUAGUUUAUUGAUUGUCCCAACACAAAUUAUUCUUUUUGCUGUCGUUCCACGGCUUUUAUUUUUCCAUGGUCAUCCACGCAGACAAAGGUCAAAGGUCUUGUGUGCUGUUUCUGCUGGUUGGAGACACAAAUGGCCAAUCAGAGCUUUUUAGGCAGAAUUUGGGACGAAGGAGUCACCAUCCUAUGCGGCUACCUAGCUAGCCAGAUACUCACCAGAUACAAAAUGGCAACAAGUUUUAUAUGUAAUUGAAGUAGCUAAAUAGUUUGUUGUACAUUAAUGUAAUAACUCUGAAAUUUGCAUCAGUCUUAGAUGAUAGUGAAAAACAGUAACUGCUCCCAAGAACCACUAUCACAGAUUCUGUUCUGAAAAAGACGAUGAAAAAUGCAGCAGAUGCACUCUUACACAUGCUUGUCAGUAUGCUUUUCUUCCGUUUUGUUUUUAUGUGAGUGUUGCGGGGAUGUUGACACUUUUAUCCCUCUAAGGGGUUGCGGGGUUGCUAGGGCCAAAUCCAGUGUACUCGAUGGGCGAAGGCCAGGGUACAGUCUGAAUGAGUCGCCAGCUCCUUUAAGCAGGACUGAUGGCAGAGGCUGCCACACAGGUGCAAUUGCACAUGAGGAGCAAUUUUGGGGUUCAGUAUCUUGCUCAAGGGCACUUCGACAUGUACCUCAGGUCCUCCCCAGGGGAGCUGGGAUUCAAACCAGCGACCUUCCGAUCACUAGUCCACCAGCUCUACCCCAAUAUGCUUUUCUGCUGUUGCUUUCUCUGCUGAAACAACAUGGGAAAAACGAGCAAGCUGUGCUGAACAGACACAGUGAUUUGAAGAAAUACCCUGUGGCUAUAAAUGGAAAACAGUAGAAUUCUUAGAAGAUAAGACUGUUUGCUGCAGCUGCAUCUUAGUAAAAGACAAGUGCAUGUUGCUUUGACUUUGUUUGAAUUUGAUGGGUUGGAAAAGUGACUACUAGCAGAGGGUAGUGAAAGGCUACUCACAGUUUUAAGCCUGGGCUACAACAGAUUACCAAAGUGAAAUAUCACUUGCAGAGGUUUCACUACGGCCUUUCUGACUGAAACUUGUAUUUUGACCUUGUAAUCAUGCUUUAUCAUCGAUGUCACUGUAGCACUUUUAUUUUUGAGUGUUGUCUGUACUGUUUUAUUUAAUCUGUAUAUAACUGGAAUAUGUGCACUAAAAGCAGGCCAACAUUCCCUCAUGGUCUGCACCUAAUCUUCGCCUCAGUAGGUCUUUGAGGCGUUUGCUUAGCAACCAUGUUGGUUCAUUCCAAGUUGGACAUAUAGUGACAGUGCUAACUGCGUCAGCAGUCUUUUAAUGGUCCAGUAUUUAGGAGUUGGUUGCAGAUUGCAGCUAAGUGACCACACCUAUACAUGGCAACUGCAGAGAGAGUCUGUGUGUAGCCAGACCUUCUGUUGGAAAAAACACCCAGAGUCACAUGAGAUUCUGCUCUGAUCCAGGGGAGUUCACCGAUGGAGGAGAGCUCAGAGAUUACUUUUCAACUUUGGGGAUUAAAAAGUGGAUUCCCUCCUGUUUAUGUUCUGUGAUGUUUACUGCAGACUGAAUUUGGAUGAGAAAUGUUCUUUACUUUAUAACUGUAACAUUACAGAGAGGAGAGGGGAAGAGAGGGGGAAAAGAAGAGAAACUACAACAGCUCACCAUAAACUAUACCACCAUUACUGAUGAAAAUCAGUCUACAUGUCUCAGAAACAUCAUGAAAGGAGCCAUGUUUCUAAAGUUGUAGACAUUUAAAUAAAAAUAAAUCAUUAAAUCCCCCUAAAUCCAACAUACUGGACCUUUAAUACAUCUGCAUUGUAUUUCACUAAUGAUAUGAAGAGGAAUUGUUGCUUCAGGCAGUUCAGUGUUAGAACAUGUCAAGGAUCAGAGAACUGUAUGAUUUACAGUCUCAGAUUAUGUUGACCAUUUUAUCAUGUAAUCAGGAAUUUAAAGGAAUCCAUUUUUGAAAGGGAAAGCAGAAAUCAUUUUGUUGACAAUAAUUUCAUGUACGUUUGUCCUGCUGUUUUCAGCGGUGUCAUAUUUUUCUGUUUUUUUCUAGUAUAUGAUUUCAGUGAUGUCAAGGAAUGCAAUUGGUGAUAUGGAAUUGUAAGGUUGAUGGAUUAUUAGUAAAUGCAAUGUCACAUACAGUAUAUGUACUUGAAACAUUCCUAAUCUCUUCAUUGCCCCAUUUCUGUGUUUUAUUUAAGAAAAUAUUUUUUAUACAAUUGUAUUUGUAUGAUUUACUGGAUAGUGUUGUUGUUUAUAGUGUAGGCAUUGCUCAUUUGUUUUAAGAUUAUAUUUGUUAUCCAUUCCAAGUACUACAUAUGGCAUGACAGGUGGUGUGCAAGAUACAAGAUUAAGAGAAACAGUGUAUAGCACAUGUCCUGCUGUGAAGCCAGACCUGAGGGACUGUUUGACUAAAUACUUUCUAUUAUGUGGAGAUUUAGAUGGCGCCCUGUGCUUGUUAAGGAAUGUGGAGUUUCUAUAAAUAUAGUCAACUGGAACAUGGCUAAAAGCCGCAGCCGUGGAACAAUAAAGCAGAGGGACCUCUGUCUUGUGCCUUUAAACAAUAAAUAAUCUUGAUCCAACAGUG